UCUAUUUAUAAAGUUCCAUCUCCAACUUGUUCUCCUACACACACACACAAACACACAGAAAGAGAAAGAGAGAGAUGCCUUGCCUUGACAUCUCAACUAACGUGAACUUGGAUGGAGUAGACAUCGAAUCCAUCUUCACCGAAGUAACAAAAGCUCUGUCUGCCAUCAUCGGCAGACCGGAAACUCAUGUGAUGGUGCUAGUGAAGGGAUCGGUGGCCAUAUCAUUCGGAGGGAGCAAAGCACCAGCUGCAUUCGCAGAGAUAGUAUCAAUGGGGGGAAUCAAUUCUCAAGUAAAGAGAGAGCUCAUCUCCACCAUCGGUUCAAUUCUACACAAGACGCUCUCUGUCCCCACCUCCCGGUUCGUCCUCAAAGUCCAUGAUACAACUGCAGGACGAAUCAAUCACUCCAGAAUGUGAUCAUUUGUUUUGUUUGGAGUACCGAAUUGACAUUUUAGAAUUGAAAUAAAUUUAAACUAUUUCUUUUUUUUUUUUAA